GAACAGGAUCAGCAAGAAGGGCGCUUUGAAAGUGCAUGCAUUAGGCCAGGGAUGGGAGAGGAAGCAGCAGGCAGCAUCGUUGUGAGCUCGAUGAAGGUCCGCGUCAGCAGCAUUUCUAUGUGGAACAUUCUUCUGUUUGAGAGCUGCUCAUAAACGAGGGUCGGUGUGCCGGCCAACAUUUUUUAAUAGAGGGAUCACCCAAGGGGCUUUGGAGCCGCUGUGGCCCAAUUCUUGGUAUUGAAGGCUGACCUCACCAAGCUCUAAUUCUUCCGUUACGAAAGCUGGUCGCUCGUCGCUUCUUUUUCAACCUGGGGUCCUGCUCCAUGUUUGUCAACCCCCUUGCAUCCCCCCCCAAAAGAUGCAAAUCCCCGACCCGUCCAUUGACGAGUUCUUAGAAGCCUUUCUCCUCAACUACGGCAACCUAUCCGACCGCUUCCCCCGCUUGUCCCCACCCCUCAUAGAAGACCCCCCGGUGCCUGACGAUCCGUUUGCUGGGGUAGUUCUCGACUGGGGGGACGAGGAAAACAAUCAGCAGGACGAAGAGAUGGAGGACUAUUACGGUGUCGAGGCGGCAGACCCGGAGGGGCUUGUGUUUGACUUGACACAGGACCUGCUCUACAAAGUGUUCUCGCACCUGGAUGCGCCGGGGCUGUGCAGCGUGGCGCAAGUGUGCCGCCAAUGGGGGGCGAUGAGCGUACAUGAGGACUUUUGGCACACGCUGGACUUCACUAGGAAAGAACUACGCACUGAGGAUGUUGUUGACGUGUGCAAGAAGUUUAGCAACGCAUCGACGGUACUGAUGGGGAAUGGCAACCGACUGGAUGAGUACAUUGUUCAGAAGGCCCUCGGCCGCCUGAGGAACCUGACGUCACUCUCCAUCACCGACGCCCACAACAACCUGUCGAGCGCGGACCACUUCUUCCGGGCGCUCACUCAGCACUGUCGCGCCCUGACCACACUGUCCGUGACCAACGUCAUGCUCACGUCAUCGAUGGUCGUCAUCAGCCAUCCGCAGCUCCAGACGCUAGUCUUGGACCACACCCACAACCACGGCCUCCGCCUCGCAUGCCCCGCGCUCAAGUCCCUCUCCCUCCAACACGCCACCCUGAGCGGACUCCUCCUCGAGUGCCCCCUCCUGGAGAGCGUCAACGUCGGGGCCUGCGCCAAGCUCGCUGACGUCAUGCUGAGGACGGCGCUCGUGGCGUGCCCCGCGCUGAAGCGGCUGGACGUGAGCGGGUGCGCGCUGGUCACGGACGACACGAUGCGCCAGGUGGCGGUCGCGUGCGCGAGGCUGGAGCGCCUUGACGCGAGCCACUGCCCGUUGCUGACCUUUUCGAACGUCCGCUUCCCUGCGCUCCUGGAGUUCACCGCCAUGGGCUGCGAGGGCGUGGCCACGAGUUGUGUCAACAUGCUGGGCUACGCGCACCAACUGGAGAGCUUGACACUGGACUACUGCUGGACGCUAGCGGCGCUGGAGUUGGAGCUGUACCAUCUGCAGAACGUCAGCCUUUUCAACUGUCGAAUGUUGUCGGACGUGAAGCUUCGCACCCCCCGUCUGUCCUCGCUCCGCCUCGACAGUUGCGGCGCGCUGCGGAAAGUCGACAUCUACUCCGCCGAGCUGCGCGCGCUGGCCCUGCGGGGCCAGCCCUUCCUGCGGGAGGUGCGCCUACGUGGGCCGGAGCUGACGUCACUCGACCUCACCGAGUGCGACGGGCUGCACGAGCUGACGGGGGAGGCGUUCCUGGACCCGCAGGCGUGCCCCAAGAUGACGUCACUCGUGUUGGACAACUGCGAGGGCCUGACCCGCCUGACCCUUGCAUCCCCCUCCCUCUCCCGCCUCUCCCUCGCCGGCUGCUCCGGCCUCAGCGCCGUCGACCUCGCCUGCCCCGCGCUGACGUCACUCGCCACCGACGGCUGCAACCGCCUCGCAACUGCGCGCCUGGCGCCCGUCGCGCUCGCUGACGUCAGCCUGGGCACGUGUCCCCACCUCGCAUCACUCUGCAUCCAGUCGGCGGAGCUCGCGGGGCUGGACUUACGCGGGUGCGGCGCGCUCGAGGGCGUGGAGCUGGACUGCCCGGCGAUGACGCGCCUCGACACGUCAUACUGCAGCAAGCUGAGCAGUUUGUCGCUGGCCCCAAUGGCCGCCAAGUGUCGCGCCCUGAGCACGCUGGUCCUGGCGGGUGCCGUCGUUUCAUUGGACGGUCUCAUGGCGCUGUCCGAACUGAAGAACCUGUCUAGACUGGACCUCUCCUACACAGAGAUUGAGAGCCUCGAGCCAAUCUUCUCUGCGUGCACGCAGCUGAAGGCUCUCCUCCUAUCGGCCUGCAAGCGCCUCCCCGACGCUGCGUUGACGCCCCUCCACUUCGGCCUUCGCCUACCGCUUCUUGAGGAGCUCGACGUCUCCUAUUGCAACCUGAGCGCCGGAGCAGUGGGCGAGCUUUUGGCUCGGGCGCCCCACAUUGCCCGGUUCAGCUUCAACGGCUGUUCCAAGCUGGACGACUCCAUCUGGGACCGGCUGGCCGAGCCGCCGGAGGGAUCCCCCAAGCAGAGAGACGAGCGCCCAGGGAAUUGCUUCGAGCAAAGAGACCAGCGCUCUGGGGAAUCCCCCGAGCAAGGAGACGAGCGCCCAGGAGGACCCCCCGAGCAGAGAGACGAGCACCCGGGGGUUGCUACCGGGCAGCAGCAGGGUGGGUUGGAGCACCCGAGGGACGGGAGCAAAAAAAUCGCGAGCGAACCCCUGACGUGCCCCCCGGCACCGAGGGUCCUGGGGGAUCCCUCGGAGGAAAGCCCCGGGCGCUCUGAGGGAUUAUUCGUCGGGGUGAUGGGCAGCCCGGGCAAAGUGGCCAAGCGCCUGAGGGAGGUGAACCUGGGCGACGGGAACGGAGGUAGGGGCGAGGUUAGGCAGCGCAAGCUGACCACGCAGGAGAUGACGUCAUUCGAGAACACGUUGGUCAGGCACCCGUUCACACUGGACGAAGGGGCGGGGAAGCGCCCGGUAGAAAGGAUGACGGCGCUCGAGAGCCCCGGGGGGGAGAAAGCGGAGGGAGCAGAAAAACCUAGCGUUGCUGCGACGGACCUUUCGGCAGUGGCGCAGGAUUCCACUGUUUCACACUCGCGCUUCCUUGGACCUUCCGCAGAGAUCCCCGAGAUCCCCGUUGCAGAAGCUCAGGUUGAAGAACUUCAAAGCAGAGAGUCCCAAAGCGACGAACUUCAAAGUGAUGAGCCCCAGAUUGGCGGAGACCCAAUGGAGUUCGAGCACCCGCGUCGCAUGCUGACGUCACUCAGCCUGGUGGGCUGCAACGGGCUGCGCUCGGUGCGGCUAGAGACGUGCCCCGAGCUGACGGAUUUGAACGCGUCGCUCUGCGGAAACGUACGGCAGGCGCGGGUGACGUGUCCGAAGCUCGUGCAGCUGAACCUGAGCCAGUGCGGACGGCUGACGGCUGCGGCGGUCCAGUGUUCGACUCUGCGGACGCUGAAUAUACAGGGUUGCCAGCUGGACGACUCCGAGGUUCUGGGCAUGGCCCGCGGGUGCCCGGCGCUCGAGACCUUGGACGUCCGUUCUUGUGUCCGAAUGCGUUCGGACGACACGGUCAGGACCGUCCGAGAACUGUGCCCGGGCAUCAGGCGGCUUCACUGCGACGCCCACUGACCGGGGCGUUCUGCCCUUAGGAGGACUGGGGCAGAAGAGUAACAGGCCGGAAAAUG